AUGCAAAAAAAAAGGCUCAAAAUGGAAUCGUGCAACAUUAAGGACAUCUUGCCACAUUGUUUUCCAUACAAGACCACAAACAAAACGGAUUACAUGGAUCGCACAAAACGCUUUGUUCCUACGCGCCCCAUUCGGUUGGUUCAAGAGGAUCCAUCUCUGAUAAGUGGACACUAUGCGGAUAAUCUUAAAGUUGACGGGAUUGAAAAGAAAACAAAGACGUGGCCCACGGCCAUGGAUUGGCGCGAGGAAUACGCCCAAUUUCUCUUACGUGCCAAAUGGUGCAAUGAGGAGAUUUUCAAGUUGUUCUUUGUAAACCCUCCCGUGGAUUAUGAGAUCAUGACAGAUUAUCUAAGAGAUUUUCGAAAAUCGAUUUACAUGCAUGAUUAUUCGCCUGGACAAUACGAAGCUUUGGUAGAAAAGCGACGGAUUCCCAGAGGUUCAAUCGGCUUUCUGGACAAUGUCGACUAUCAGACAACAUACGGCCACUUCCACAAUCGGCUGCAGAAUUCGGAGCCGUUUCGCUGCCAUUUGUAUCCAAUGAAAUUUAAAAAAGACAUAUCCUUGAAAAAGUUUGCUGCUGAAAUGCGAAAACUCUUCACUAAGCUCAAUGCGACCACUUAUUUUGACGAAGUCUGUUUACCAGCCCUGCUGAAGGCCAAAAAUGGCAUUAUGCCGGCUGAAUUCAUCGAUCGAUAUGAGUUUCGUAAGUACUGAGUGAAAGUCUUCGCAUUCAUCAGUGCAUUUUCUGCGUGGAUAAAGUUGAUUAAUCAAUGAUGCGCUUGGCUCUUCACUCAUUAAAUAACUUAUGCAAACAUUAAAAUA